GAGACAGACGCGCCCGGAGCUCGUGCAGCGCACCCCUCCCCUUUCCCCGCACGCGCUACCCCGGGGGGCGGGUCCCAGCUGCAGGCCUCGGUGAGGUCACCGCAUGUGGCAGCCAAUCCGGGGCGUCUAAACGGGAGGGGGGCCUUCGGGUCCUGGGAUCCGAACCCGGACGAGGGUAGGGGGGCCCCCAUGGACAUGAAGGGGGGAGGGGAAAACCAUGGGAGUUCCCCCCAACCCCUUUUCCGGAUGCGAGGUCUCAGCUGGAAGAGGCGCUGAGAGACACUUUCUCUGGGAUCUUAAGUGUAUGGGUGGCUGGCUGGGGGCUGGGGGCUGGGGGCUGGGGGCUCCCGCACAGGGCUCGGGAAAGGGUUGGUGCAGGGAGCUGACGCCGUAUCCGGCUGUGGCUUAGGCCCUGGGCACCAGCCGCCAUGACCUCCCUGCCCUGCCCCCUCCCUGGCCGGGACGCCUGCAAAGCUGUCUUCCAGGACCUCGUCCCCGUCCCGUCGGUGGUGGCUGCCUACCCGCUUGGCGUGUCCCCCGCAACCGCAGCCUCCCCCGAUCUGUCCUACUCUGGGCCGUUUGGCCACCUCCUGUCCUACUCCUACACCAGGCCGGCGACCCUAGAAGACUCCUACCUGUCCUGCCAGCAACCUGCGGCGCCUUCACAGCCCCUUCGCGGCCCCGCUGAGCUCCCACAGGAACCGGAGGCAGAGCCUUUGGAGAGACACCCCCAGAUCCCCACCAAGAAGCUUCGAAAGCCCAGGACCAUCUACUCAAGCCUGCAGCUGCAGCGGCUGAACCAGUGUUUCCAGCACACGCAAUACCUGGCAUUGCCUGAGAGGGCCCAGCUGGCAGCACAGCUUGGCCUCACCCAGACCCAGGUAAAGAUCUGGUUUCAGAACAAGCGCUCCAAGUACAAGAAGCUCCUGAAACAGAACUCUGGGGGGCAGGAAGGGGACUUCCCCAGGAGACCCCCCUCCCUUCCUCCUUGCUCCCCACCCCUUCCAUCCCUCUGGGAUCUGCCCAAGGCAGGCACCCUGCCCACCGGUGGCUAUGGUAAUGGCUUUGGAGCCUGGUGUCAGCAUCACUCUCCAGAUGUGCUGGCUGUGCCUCCGAUGAUGUGAGUCUGGGGCAGGGCGCCCCUGCCCUCCUGCCAAGCCCAGGAUCCAGAGCACCUGCACCUCUGCUGGACAGAAAGAAGCCAGGCCCAUGUAGGUUUCCCCAGGAGGAGGAGCUAGAAGAGAAAAAGGGGUGCAGUGAUGUCGGGCUAACUCAAACAGCUAAAUCAAGGACUCAGCCUUCGUUAUCAGCCCCUCCCACUCCUGCAGGACAAAAGCUCUGGCGAGUGCCCUGGGCUGGAGUCUGAACUGCCCUGGGAUACACCUCCCCUUCACAGGACUGCAGUUCCACCGAAGUCUGGAGUCAGAAACACUUUGUAUUUUUUUUCUAUGUGAGCCUUGGACCCUGCUCAUCUCAUUUUGUUGUUUGUUUGUUUUCCUGACAGGGUCUCACUGUGUAGUUCAGACUGGCCUUGAGCAUACUGGGUACCCUAGGCUAGCCUCGAACUCGUGGUGAUCCUCCUGCCUCUGCUUCCCAAGGGCUGGGAUUACAGGUGUGCGCCACCACACCCUGCUACUCACUCCAUUUGUGAGCAAAAGCAGAAGUGGACAUCUAGUCUUCAGAGUUGGCCACCAGCAGGUCAUACCUGCCCAGUUGUGAUUUUUCCUGGUGUUCAGAUGUGACUUCAGGAACAAGGGUGUGGCUCAGAGGUGGAGCACACACUUAGAAGGCAUGAGGUCCCAGGUUCAAUCCCAGCACCAAGACAAAAAUAAAACAAAAACACUC